AUCUGAUUCAUUUUUAUAUAUAUAUAUAUAUAUUUCGACAAGUAUCAUCAAGCAACAAGACAUGAUGCAGUGGAGAGUUUGAUGGAAGCAUUCGAGAAUUUCAGCUUGAAAGAAAUUUCUGUUCGAAACUUCAUUCUCCAUGAAUGCAACCUGAUUGUUAAGAGAGCACCCUUGCAACCUUUUGGCAAGAAAUAGCACUGAUAAUCUUGAAGAGCGCUAUUAUUGUGUUAAAAAAUGAGAGUUAUAACAGCUACGGAUAUUAUUUCAGUUGAAAUCUGGGAAUCUUUAAAGCCCAAGAGAGUAAAGGUCGAUGGAAAUAGGAAGAGAAAGAAGCCUUUAGCAAAAAAAAAAAAAAAAAAAAAAAAGCGUUGCAUAAGGAAACUUUCACCUAGAUAUUACAUGAUGUUCAUCUUUAAGACGUUAGAUAAAAUUGACAAGUUUCCUGAAAUGAGAAAUUUCUAUAUCGUUAUGAACAAUGCAUUAAUCCAUACUUAAUAGGAUAUAACGAGCUUGAUCGAGACUAGAAGCUAUAGAGCUAUAUACCUCCCUCCCUAUUCUCCUGAGCUCAAACCGAUUGAAAACUUCUGAUCACUCGUCAAAAAAAAAAAAAUACUUCAAUAAACAACCAUUUUGGUG